AUGGAAGAAAUACAUAUAAGCUCUUCCAUUUUGCAAGAUAGUGAUUCAGCUCCCCCAAACCAUUUUCAGCAUGCUCAACAGCAAGAGCAACCAUCAUGGAAGAAAUUGCUAUACUUGCAACAACCAUUUCCAGACAAUUACACUGAUCAAUCUUUUCUAUCUCAAUUGAAGAGAAACACAACUGUUGCCAAAUAUUCCUACAAAAAUUUGGUACAGGCGUUUUCAUUUAUUGUUUUCUAUAUCUCGUGCAUCCUUUUAGUUAUUUUGAUGUUUAUUGGAAUAUAUGAGAAGCAAUGGGACCCCAUAAUACCCACAUUAAUUAGCACCGGUAUUUCCCUAGUCGGUUUUUUCAGUUUAAAGAAUCUAUCAAUGAACAUGAGGUCGUUGAUGGUAAUUACAUUUAUACUCCUUAUUGUGUCUCCAAUAUUGAAAUCGCUAACAAAAUCCACUUCAUCGGACUCAAUUUGGGCAAUUUCCUGCGUGUUGUGUUUAGCAAACUCGAUAUUUCAUGACUAUUCAAUGAAAGUGAGUUAUCGUCCAAUAGUUUCCACAAACAUAUCUUUAUCAAACGCUAUUGUGUUGGCGUCUAGAUUGAGCACGACAUUAGACGUAUUUUUGUUUGUGUUGUUCGCUAUUGAAGUUAAUAUACUACUACCGUUAUUUGAUGCAAAGAUCCGACUCCUGGGUCUAGAAACUAUUCAUUGGCCAAUAGCAUUUCUAACUUUUAAUUUGACCAGUUAUUUGAUGUAUAUUUUGUUAAACUAUAAGUUUUUGGUUUACUGGAUUUUGUCUGUUUUUGUGAUGGUGGUCAUCAUGCCUAUAUAUUUCUUGUCCUUGCAGAGGUAUAAAAACGAGAUACAAGGACCAUGGGAUGUGGCGAAACCAAAGUUAAUGAAGUCAAGUAUACAAAGCUGA